AUGGCGUCAAAUUCAAAGAUCGACGUCCACGCUCAUUUUGUGCCUCCUUGUUGGCGGGACGCCCUCCUUGUCAAUGGUUUCGAGCAUCCUGAUGGCAUGCCAGCAAUUCCGAACUGGGAUGUACAAUCUCACAUAAAUCUUAUGGAUGCUAUGGGUAUUGAGAAAUCGUAUCUAAGUAUCACAUCGCCUGGUGUACAUCUGGUAGCUGGGGACAACGCCUCUGCAAGGCAGCUUGCUCGGGAGUGCAACACCUUCGCCUACAACCUCAAAAGACAAAUGCCGGAUAGGUUCGGAUCAUUUGUCUCUCUCCCACUUCCUGAUUUGGAGGGUAGUAUCAACGAACUGAAGUAUGCCAUUGACAGCCUAAAAGCAGAUGGUAUUGUUUUGCAAACCAAUUAUUACGGCAAAUAUAUUGGCAGUAGCUACUUUCGUCCAAUUUUUGAGGAGCUCAACUGCAGAGGGAUGGUUGUAUUUAUUCAUCCGACUUCGCCCUGUGUGCAGGGUUGUCGAUCCCACGAAGGUCUUCCCCUUCCUCAGUAUCCAGCGCCAGUUUUUGAAUUCAUGUUCGAUACCUGCCGUUGCAUUAUAGACCUUAUACUGAGUGGCGCCAUUUCAAAGUACCCAAAUAUCCGGUAUGUAGUGCCUCAUGCGGGUGGUGCUUUACCGCCUCUCAUCCAACGGUUCUCAGAAGCUGUGGCGUUGAUUCCCGACUUAAGCUUGGAUGUAACGAUGACACCAUCCAGUGUAAAGGCCUUGUUGAACGAGCGGUUUUGGUUUGAUACUGCUGGUCCUACAUUUCCAGACCAGAUAAAAAGUCUCCUCCAGAAUAUCCAGCCCGAUAGAAUAUGUUAUGGCACCGAUUUUCCUUUCACACCAUUCCAGGGGGUAAAUCAUCUCAAUCAAGUUAUGGAGGACAACCUGGAUGUUAUCUUCGACAAUCAAGCAGAUCGAGAGGGGUUGUACAGAGGAAAUGCGAGCCGAUUGCUAGGAAUUGAGUCUUCUCGAAUUAUUAACAGUUGA